AUGGGUGAAUACGUCCAAGUUUUUGGUCGUGUCCGGCCGUCAGCUCGAGGAGAAAGUGAAGCUGUUUUAGAAGUAGAGCACAGACGAGUCUUGCGGUUUGUUUCUUGAUUCAACUUCUUUUUUAAAAAUCAACUUCGCAGGCUGAAGGCUGAUCCCAGAAACCCGAAAGUGUUUGAGCUGCACCAAGCCUUCGGACCUGACAAAACACAAGUUUGGAAGUAUACAGUCCUUCAGAAAAAAACGAAGUUAUAGGAUGAAAUUUUCAAAACUGUCGGAAAACGAGUCGUCGAUGGUUGCCUUGAAGGAAUUAACGGCACAAUCUUUGCAUAUGGGCAAACUGGCUCAGGCAAGACUCACACCAUGAUAGGACCAGCAAAUGAGCCGGAAGUGUGGGCGGACCCGAACUGUAAAGGCCUCGUUCCUAGGGCUAUCGAAUAUCUUUUCGAUAAGAUCGAAGCCAAAGCAAAUGUGAGGUCUUGUUGAUACGUUUCCAUAAAAAAAACUAUCUUUCCUAAACUCCUAUUCUUACUCAAUUUAGCACGAUAAAUGAAAUGCAGUAUGAAAAAAAAAAUUUUCUCAAGGAUUUUUCAUAUAUAAAAAAAAUUCCAAGUAUUAUUCCGAAUGGGGUUAUAGUUCUUUUUUUUCUAAUCUUUACACCUAUACGCUACUCAUUUCGGGCAUGGCUGCGUCUAAGAGAGAUGAACUUUACUCAAUGAUCAUUUUUACUCAAUAAAAUAAGUCAUCUUCUUACCCGGUUCAUCAGAUUUUUCUAUAAGAUGGAAAAAAAUAAUUUUUUUCAUGUACUGAGUUUUAUAGUUUUUUUAAUCGAGGAAAGUGAUUAGAAUUUUUAAGGCCGUUUUGUGUUUUUUUAACUCGCUUUUUUUCCGUUUUUUUGUUUUUUUGGGCGAUCAGAUUUUUUUGAGCCUGAAUUUCCGAUUUGUUUUUUUUUUUUUUUUGAGCUAAAUUAUGAUUUAUCUAAAUUGGUUUCGUCGAAUAUAUAUAUAAUAAUCUUUUUCGACUUUUCUAUUUCAGGAAAAUGAGAAUUUUAAGUAUUCUCUAACUUUGAAGUUCAUUGAACUGUAUAACGAAACGAUUUACGAUUUGUUGGAAAGUUCACACACGAAAGUCCAACUUCGCAACAAUGGCAAAGUGAUUAUAUCAGUAGUUUAUUAGAGGAACAUUAUUUUUUUCAGGAAGUUGUUCUCAUCGGUGUCACCGUUGAAGAGGCGCAGUCAUACGUCGACUUGAUGAAGGUAUAUACCUCGACCUAUCGGGAUUAUUGUAAAUAUUCAGUUUGUGAAAAAAGGCUGGGAAAGUAGACGUGUUGCUGAAACAGCGAUGAAUAGAGAUUCAUCAAGAUCGCACGCUAUGCUCAUCGUCGAGGUUACUCAGAAGUAUAAAACUUGAUUAUGUUUUCUUUCAAGGUUAACACCGAAGAGUUGAUUGGUGAGAUGGUGACGCGGCGAAAUUCGACGUUGAACUUGGUGGAUUUGGCGGGGUCUGAGCGUCAGUCUCACACGAAGUCGGCCGGUGAAAGGCUCAAAGAGGCCACACACAUUAACUCGGUGCUUGUACUAUGUAAUGGGAGUUUAUGCUAGGAGAGCUAUUUUUUUUAGUUUACUAAGAACUGAAGUCCAGUGAAAUUUUUCUGAAUAAGAAAAAAAAAUGUAAUUCUCUUUGUCUGACCUCCGUUUGAUGAAACAGGUUGAAAACUAAUGAAACCGCUCGAUUUUCAGUCCCUUUCGGUCCUUGGUCGCGUUAUUAGAAUCCUCUCCAAAGAAGCUGCCUCUUCGUAUGUGCCCUAUCGCGAAUCUAACCUCACCCACAUCCUCAAGAACUCGCUCGGAGGAAAUUCACGCACAGUCGUCAUCGUGAAUUUGCAUCCAGACAAACAGUAUGUUUUUCAUGCAAUAUUUUCUUCUUUAUAUUUUAUCAUAAAAGUUCUUUUUUUCAUCAUCAGAGAUUUUUGGAUCAAAUCAUGAUAUUCCAUUGCUUUUUUAGCUCUCUGUUUUUUGUUUUUUCAAUGAUGAAGACUAUCGAACCUUUGACUUCGGAAAAAAGUUUUCAUAGCGUUUGGUAAAUUUAGGCCUUACCUUUUCUAUACCUUUUCUCUUCAUAUCACCCUAGCACCGCUGUGUCAAUUUCAUGUCUCCUCUUUUUCCAUUUAUCUUUUGAAAAAAAUACUCACCUCUUUUUGAAACGUUCAUAUAUUCAAUUAACUCAGAAAAUUUCUAACAGGUUCAUUUCUGACACUCUCUCAACAUUGCAGUUUGCAGAGGCGUGCAGCAUGAUCAAAAACAAGGUGUGUAGAAAGAUAUCCUUGUUGAAAAAGAUAUUUCCUGUAGGUUGUGGUGAACGAAGACAUGACUGGUGACACGGUUGACGCGUACAAAGCGACCAUUAAAAAACUCACAGCGGAAAACCGCUCAAUUCGCGAGGAGCUGAAAAUUGGUCAGUGUUUGAAUAAAACAUCUACAACUUCUUUUUUUUUUUAAGAAUGGAGUCGAAAAUUGGAAGACCUCUCUGUCUCUGAACAACAGUGGAGACUUCUCGCACAGCAACGCGGCGUAGAACUGGAGGAAACGCGCACAAAGUUGGAGUGCAGUAUCCUGUCUAAGGGGUCAGCUAUUGACGUGAGGAUCAAACUCCUUUUCUGCACUGAAGGCCGAUUGACAGGAAAUGGAGGCGACGAUACAGAAAAUAAUUGCCGAUCGACUCAAAAUUCAAGAAUCUUGUGAUGUUGAAGGCUCGAAGCUCAAAGAUGCCCUUGACAAAAUCGCUGCGGUUCGUUGAACUUAAUCUUUUUCUCAAAGUGCAAUAUUUUCAGCUCGAGUGCGAGGUUGCUGAUUUGAAGAACGCGUUGAUUCAUUCGGACAGCGAGAGAACGAGAAUGACGAGCCGCUGUGACGAACUCUUGAACGAGAGCAUCAUGGCUGGCACUCCCGUUCGCAAUUUGAGCAUCUCGGUUUGCGCUUUGUCGAUCUCUCCGGUCUGAAAUUACUCCUAGACACGGCGCAAGUCCCGAAAUCCCCGUAGAGAAACGCUGUACACUCCUUCAAGAGAAAAUCGCCCGGUUUUGCAGCCAGUUCUUCACUUAAAUCCGGAAGAAGAAGACCGUACAAAGAGCCUCUCUGAAGUUUCUCACCAAUUUUUAUUGUCCUGGUCAUGGGAUUUCAGGAAAACGAUCAGCUCAAGCAAAGCUGUCUUGAGUUUGAACUGGAAGUGAACCGUCAAGCGCAACUGAUUGAAGAGAAAGCUCGCUGCAUCAAUGAGUUGACAGAACGGUCGAUCCGUAGGGAGAAGACCCAUCAGCAGGAGAAAAGCGAACUUCUUGAAAGGUUAAACAACAAAUGAGGGCUUUUUCUCUUAUUUUUUUUUUUUUGUUACAGAGAACAAAAAAUCCGAGCAAAAAUGCAACGCCUCGAUGAAGAAUUGCAGAGCUUCGAGGAAGCCGACAAGAAAAGCAAGAAGAAUGUCGAAAAUCUUCUCCAAAAAUGUACCUCGUUAAAUGAAAAAAAGUACAUAUAGGAUGAAAUUCUAGAAAUAUAAGUUCAACUCAGAACGCAAUGCUACAGAACGAACUGGAGAAGAAGACGACGGAAAUUGCGGAUUUCGAAGACAGGCUUCAAGGUAGACAAGGUUUAUCUGUCAACUAUGGAGCGAAAACGAUUCAGGCUUGGAGAAUGAGCUGGCGCGAGAGUUGGCCUUACGCGAAGCUCUUGUGGAGGAGAAGCUGCGAGAGGUCGAGGAGCACAAAGACGCGUCUCGCCUCAAACAGGUUCCCAGCUCUUUUCAGCCUUUUCCCGACUGAUAGUUCACAACUCACGGUUCUUGCGCAACUUCAAAACAUUUCUGUUUGAAAAAAAACUGUUUAUUGCAUCUUCAAUGUAAGAAUACAUGUGCAAUCGACUUUCAUUGAGUUAACUGUGUUUAAACGGCGGCAGGAGCUGUGGCUUAGGCAGAGAAGUUGUUAAUUGCGGUCGUAGAACAUCAGGUACGAGAGAGGUCGUAGGAAGAUGUACGGUGCCGGCUUUCCAAGGGCCGAUGGCAGAGAUUGAGCCUUUUCGCUGCAUGCAGCUCCCAAUUUUAUAUACCCCGGAGGAAUGAAAGGCUUGGUCGACCUCGGGGGGACUCGAACCUACGACCUUGCGGACGUUAGAAAUGAGUCUUUACCAGCUGAGCUAUGCCGCCCCCGUCAAAACAUUUCACUAAUUUUUUUUUCUCAUCCGCAGAUGCUCUUGUUUUUUUUUCUUGGAUGAUUAUUGAGUACAAUUUUUUUUUCAUUAAGUACGAUUUUUAAACUUUUGAUUCGAUGCUAUUUAUUCUUCUUUUUAUUACUUUUUAUUGUCGAUUGUUUCCAGAAAAAUGGAAUUUUUCUGUGUCUGGUAUAAUGUAUCUUUUCGCUCAAGAGUUUGUAGUAUAGCGAACAACUUGCAAAGUUUUGAAAAUCAGGAAUAUUUUUUUAAUUAUUUUUCUUAUUUUUUUGCAGGCGCGCAAAGUCCGAAAGGUCUCAAAAAGGACUUUUUGUAAAAAAAGAUAUUUGAAAGGCCCCAAAUGCGUCCUUUUUUUAGAUCUUUUUUCUGAAAUGGACUUUUUAAGAAGGUACGAAAAAUUAGGCGGAAAGAAGAUGAAAAAACACUUUUUUAGACACUUUUUAGGAACUCAAAAAGGAGCUUCGGGCUUUACUUUUUAAGACCUUUUUGAGGUCGUUUGGAAUUUGGCUGUGUAUUUUUGACCAACUUACCAGUUCCGAAUUUUUUAAAUGUAAGUCGCAGAUUUUUGUUCAGUCGUUCUGUAAAAUGAACGGAGACCUAACUCUUUUCGAAAAUGACGAGCGAGUUUUAGGAACAGUCUUCGAGCGAAAUAGCUGAGUUGCGCCGUAAGCAAGAAGAGCAGAGUGAUCGGCUGCAAAAAGAGCUUCACGAACUACAGAAACGGGAGUCGGCGCAGAAGGUUUUUGGGAGCGUUUUUGAAUUUGAACUUUGAAAAAUUCAGCUCUUGUUGAAAAAGCUAAACGCUCAGAACGACGGGCUAGCCGAAGCAUUAUCCGAAAACAAACGGCUUUUGGAAAAUGCCAAAGACGACAUUGAGUCCUACAAGGUUCAUUGUACAGAAAAAAUCCCUUUAAGGAAAGUCAUUUAGAAAAUUGUUAGCGAAAAAGACGAGCAGAUCGAUCACUUGAAGGCGGAAAACUCGUCGGAGAUAGAACUAGUGAAAGCCAGGUUUAGGAAGAAAUCGUUUCCCACUUACGAUUUCUUUUCAAGACAUAAGAAGGAAAUCAGGGACCACGAAGAGCGCUUCAAAAGGUGGAAAGCAGCCCAUGAAGAUUACCGUGAGCAGGUGGAAAAAGAUCAGAAGAGUACGUCGGAGAUGUUCGCCGAGAAAAUAGAAGCCAUGAGGAGGUAGAACAGUUUUAACACGAGUCUUCAAAGUUCUCAGAGUCAAAUUUCCAGAUAGUUCAGACUGUAUAGUUGACAAAAAAAUAGAUUUUCAGAACGAAUUUGGAGAUAAAAUUGGGCUCACAAAAAUAUUCAAAUUCAAUUUUGCUUUUUUUUUGAAGUAAAAAAACAAUAAUUAAGGACAAGGGGUUGAAUUACAAAAGUUUUGAAAGCGGAAGAGUAAAGUCAGAUUUCAACUUCAGGGAAGUAGUACUGACUUUUAUUCAGGAAGACCUUUAAAAAAGAUUUGCCCGUGUAUGGCUAUCAGUUAAUAGCCAUUAGUUAGUUGGCAAAUGAGAUGUUGGAUGAAUGUUACUAUCGCGUACUUUGGUUCUUUCAUUUCCAACUGUGGAAAUUUUUUCUCAGACGAAUGCAUGUCCUGCGGUGAUAAUUUGUUUUUUUAAUAAUAAUAAUUUAUUCACAGAUCAGUGUGAACCCCAACGAGUUCACUUCGAUCUAGAAUUUAAAUAAGGAAAAAAAGUUGUAAAAAAGUAAAAAAACAAAAAAAUUGAGAUUGUUUGAUAUCGAUUAUUAAAUAGCUGUUUUAAGACAAAAAGAAAGUUAGACGUUUCGCACUAUUUACACGUUUGUCCGGUUUUAUUUUGAAAGGUAGUGAAAAAUGGAGUAUAUGGUUUUUGUUAGACGGUAUGUCGAAGACUUUACUAUUAGGUCUUGAAGGAACUUCGAUAUCGAAAAGGAAGUUGCCUGCAAAAGUUCGACGGCAAGAUGGGAAGAAAAACUAAAGGAUGAGAUGAACGAUAAGGAGAGACUCUCCGCGGAUCUGCAGCUUGCCAUGGCGGUCCGUUUCAGAACUUCUCAGCAAUAACGGGCUGAAAACUUUUUUUAGGAAUUGAAGCAGCGCCGUUUGAUUCAUGAACAAGACGCCCUCAAUCUCCAAAAGCUCACUAGCAGCGAAAAUUCCAAUGAGAAGGUUGUGUUUUGAAUCUGUCACUCUCUUUGUAUAGUCAAUUUUGAUCGACUUGAAAGGCGAUGAGGAUAAAUUCCGAAUAAAGCAGCUUUUGUUUGAAAAAAAAAUCUCCCUACAUCCUCCUUUAUUUCGGUUGAACGGACUAUACACUGGGUCCAACGAGGAUAAUAAUGAAGAUAGGAACCCCUCUGUUUCAGACGUUUUGGCGAACCUUGAAAAUUUAUCAAAUUUCUGUAAGUUUCAUACUGACUCAGCGUACAAGAUAGCGUAUGAAACCGCAGUUCCAUUAUUCUAGCCCUUUUUAGCACACCAUUAAAAACUCACUUUUCAAGUAUAAGGAUAUGACCACUUGGAACAUUUUAAUUUUUUCGUUACAUAUAUAUAUAUAUUUUUUUUUUGUAAGAGUGGAAAUUAUUUUUUCAGAGAAAAUACCUGGCCCAGAUCAGGGCUCAGAAGGAUGAUUACGCAAUAGAAACGGCUCGAAUGAAAGCCGAGAUUAAAACACUCAAGGCCGAGCUGAGGAAGCGGGACAACGUAGCUGCCGAAAGUGCGAACUCGACAGCUUUGUCAGAAACGAGAGUCACUCGUUCUUCAAUGGCUCGGCAGUAA